AUUCCUUUGUUCCAUCGUCAUUUAACGAACAACAGUCAUUCACAUCCUAAUUCGCUGGGCUUGAGUGGGUUUUCUCUUUUCAUUCAUCAUCAAUUCCCAGUUUUACAAACUAGCCCACCUGGUGGUCUACAAUCCCCCCGUAUUCUCGUUCAGCCCUACGCCUGCCUCAUAAGCACCCCCAACAACCUCCUUUCUUUCUACCUAGAGACCUACCUAGGUACACACAACAACCACCAACCAUGGCCCACCACAACAUCGGCGAGCACUCGCCCUUCCUCAAGCGCGUCUUGGUCCCCUUUUGGGUGAUUAGGAUAAUCAUCAUGGUGGCCAACAUCGGCGUGAUGGCAUUGGCAAUCGGAGCCAUUGCGUACGUCAACAACCGCCGCGACAAGUACAGCAACGAGUUGAACGACGUCCAGAGGGAGCUCGACGAGCUCAAGACCGACUACGACGUCCAGCAGGCCCUCGGCGUCACCAUUGCCAUCCUUUCGGUGGAGAUGGCCCUCGUCAUCCUCUGCCUGAUUGGCGACAUCGUCUGCAUAGUAAAGCGCUCCCGCCGCACCCUGACCCCCAAGUUCUUCCUGGGUGUCAACGUCGUCCAAAGUCUCUUCUGGGUCGUCGCCUUCAUCCUGAGCAUGAUGGGCGCCAGGAGCAGCGCCUCCAUUGCCAUCAAUGUUAUUGUCUUGCUUUCUUUCCUCGGCCUUCUCAUCUACGCCUCCAUCGUCUUCCACCAGUGGCGCACUGGCAAGCUGCCCAGCCCGAUCGAGAGCCGCCAGAUGUUGGGCGAGAACAACGUCGAGACCGGCUACAGCCAGCAACCCAAGUACACUGGAGUUCCUGCGCCCCAGCAUAACCAGCAGAGCUACUAAAGAGAAGCUUUUGUUGAACGUUAGUCUGGCUGAGGCAAUGAGGACCGGCUUGGCCUUGUUUUUCAGAAUCUGGAUAUGACUUUUCACGACAUGUUGUUUUUUAAUAGAAAUUGUUUUGUUGUUUCGCUUUUUGUCUUUCUUUUUUUUUUUCUCGCGAGCAGCGAGCAUUGGUCGUGUUCCCGGCUCUCGCUGAGAUCAUGUUUUAUUAGCAUGAGCGUCUAUUAAAGAUACCCCUGAAGAUAAACGCAAGUUAAUUUCACGAUGAGAAAAAUUCACUCUCUGUUACAAAAUCGUUAUCGCCAAUGAUAUUAAUUUUGAACCUUCAUCUUCGGAAAAAGGCGACCCGCUCCGCAGCCAAUAUGAUCUGGUCAUCCGCGCCGGGUUUGCCGUGAUGAGAUGAGCUAUAUAGAUAUAGACUGAAUAUUGUUAGAAUCCC